AUGUUGCCAGAUAUGAUCUUACUGCUAACUUCUCUUUUGGUGAGCCUUUUCGCCGGCCUUGCUUCUGCUUAUCCUUUUCAAAAGAGCGUAUGUGAAGGCAAAGAACGUUAUGAACAGUGCUUACCGAUUCCAUUAGAACAAGAUGACAGUACGUGGAAACCAAGAGUGCUGGAUAUGAUCUUCCCAUUUGCGAUGCGAGUCACACCUGGAUCAUGGGAAGAAGGUGGAACAAUCUAUGCAAGCAUGUGCAUGUUCCAAAACGCAAAUCCUGACAAAUGUUACACAGUCACGACCGAUCAACAUGAUGUAAAUUUGAUGCACAGACAGGCUGGAUAUGGGGAUGUUUUGUGGGAGAAUGCGUUGCUGGUGCCAUGUCAGAUACCGGACCAAUCAAGAAAAGCAACUUGGUACUUGAAAGUUACAGAUCAUGCCAAUUAUGGACUAAAUCAUCAUUGGGUCAAUACAACAAAGUGA